CUCUUUUCAAAUAUAAUAUCCAUCACAUAAACCCAACCUGCUUCAUUUCUUCCAUUUCAAACCACAAGCCAUGGCUUCUGCUUCCUCCACUUCAUUAUCACUCUCCUCCUCCUCUACCUUCGUUGAUGCCAAGGCUUUAGCUCGUCAAAAACCUCUUGCUUCAUCCCCACAAUGUCUCACUCUUCCUCCAAGAACCCAUAUUCGUCUCUCCAAGAACACUGUUUACUAUCGAAAGAUGGCACGGAAUGUGGUGGCUAUGGCCACAGGAACCGAGACUCCAACGGAACUGGUAACAACAACAACAACCGAGACGACGGAGAUUACCAAGAUAGUUCAAGAAGCCUGGGAUAAAGUUGAGGACAAGUAUGCUGUGAGUACACUUGCUUUUGUCGUUAUAGUUGCCCUAUGGGGCUCUACUGGAAUAGUCUCGGCAAUUGACAGGCUUCCUUUGAUUCCUGUCAUUCUGGAGCUCGUCGGUAUCGGUUACACCGCGUGGUUUGCCUACAAGAACCUUAUUUUCAAACCGGACAGGGAAGCUCUGUUUCAGAAAAUAAGCGACACAUACAAAGAAAUAACAGGAAGCAGUUGAGAAUGAUGCUGAGAUGAGGUGUUGCAGGGCAUCAACUAGUGGGAGUUAGUUUGCUUCAUUUUGUUAGCACAAAUUUUCUGACCAGAAUAAGACGAUGUGUUUUGGUAUUUUGUGAUGAGCAAAUUGAAAUGCAUGUAUAUUUUUUAUUUCCCCUGCUAUAUAGAAAUACUCUCGGAUGCUAGUAA